AUGGUGAACCUGAGGAAAGCGGUGCAUUCGUUCCUUGUGCACCUAAUUGGCCUAUUGGUUUGGCAAUGCGAUAUUUCUGUGAGCCCAGUUGCAGCUAUAGUAACUGACAUUUUCAAUACCUCCGAUGGUGGACGCUUCAAAUUCCCAGACGGGGUACAAAACUGGCCAGCACUUUCAAUCGUCAUAAUAAUAAUCCUGACAAUAGGUGGCAACAUUCUCGUUAUCAUGGCAGUAAGCUUGGAAAAGAAACUGCACAAUGCCACCAACUACUUCUUAAUGUCCCUAGCCAUUGCUGAUAUGCUGGUGGGACUACUUGUCAUGCCACUGUCUCUGCUUGCAAUCCUUUAUGAUUAUGUCUGGCCACUACCUAGAUAUUUGUGCCCCGUCUGGAUUUCUUUGGAUGUUUUAUUUUCUACAGCGUCCAUCAUGCACCUCUGCGCUAUCUCGCUGGAUCGGUAUGUAGCAAUACGUAAUCCUAUUGAGCAUAGCCGUUUCAAUUCGCGGACUAAGGCCAUCAUGAAGAUUGCUAUAGUUUGGGCAAUUUCUAUAGGUGUAUCAGUUCCUAUUCCAGUGAUUGGACUGAGAGAUGAAGACAAAGUAUUCGUCAACAACACCACCUGCGUGCUGAAUGACCCAAAUUUCGUUCUUAUUGGGUCCUUCGUAGCGUUCUUCAUACCACUGACGAUCAUGGUGAUUACGUACUGCCUGACGAUUCACGUUCUUCGCAGACAAGCUCUGAUGUUACUGCGCGGCCACACCGAGGAGCCACCUGGAAUAAGCCUGGAUUUCCUGAAAUGCUGCAAGAGGAAUACAACUGACGAAGAGAACUCUGCAAACCCUAACCAAGAUUUGAACCCACGCCGAAGAAAGAAGAAAGAAAGACGUCCUAGGGGCACCAUGCAAGCUAUCAACAAUGAACGGAAAGCCUCGAAAGUCCUUGGCAUUGUUUUCUUUGUGUUUCUGAUCAUGUGGUGCCCGUUUUUUAUUACCAAUAUUCUGUCAGUUCUUUGUGGGAAGGCGUGUAAUCAAAAGCUCAUGGAAAAGCUUCUGAAUGUGUUUGUUUGGAUUGGCUAUGUUUGUUCAGGUAUUAAUCCUCUGGUGUACACUCUUUUCAACAAAAUUUACCGAAGGGCAUUCUCGAACUACUUGCGCUGUAAUUAUAAGGCAGAAAAAAAGCCUCCCGUCAGACAAAUCCCGAGAGUUGCUGCCACUGCUUUGUCGGGGAGGGAGCUUAAUGUUAACAUUUACCGGCAUUCCAAUGAACCGGUGACUAAGAAAGCUAGUGACAAUGAGCCCGCUAUAGAGAUGCAAAUUGAGAAUUUGGAGCUACCAGUUAAUCCCUCCAAUGUGGUUAGUGAAAGGAUUAGUAGUGUGUAAGAAAGAGCAGCACGGUUUCCUACAGUAAAGCUACAAAUGCAGGAAAAUGUUCUAUAAUUCUUCUGUUGGGCAUAACUAAUGUAAAUAUUGCUGUCCGAAAAAAAGUGUUUUUAUAUAUAGCUUUGCA